CACAUAGUUUCUUGUUCAUAGAUGCUGUUACUUGCUGUCAACUGAUAUGGGUGCAGUUUUUCAAACCCCUACUCAGUACAUUUUCUAACUUUGUCCAAUAUCAAGCUUCUCAACUGGAUCUUGUGUCUUUGACUGCUCCCAGAAAAGGCUUUAGGCAUUAAAAUUUUAUCCAGGGACGUUUAAACUUUCUCAAGAUUCCAUUAUAUGAAGUCAUGUCGCAGCCCACUGUAUUUUUAGCUGACAAUAUGCAGCAAAAUCAAGAAACUUAAGCAGUAUUUUAUUGGCAACAAUUUUUUACAGUUACUGCCCACAUUUUGCUGCUUUUUUACCAGUCGGUGGAUCUGAACUUCAUCUACUAAAUCUGCCUGUCUCAAAAAAGUCUAUGGUUUCAGUGUUCUAUUCUCUGCAAAUUUGUUUUGCUCUACUUCAGAAAAUCCAGUUGGGCUGAAAUCAAUAUGUGCAUCCCGAGAUCUGCUCCACUUUUAGAAGUCGUUGGGAUCGGUGAUGAGAUGAAUUAGCAUAUGAUGAUUGAGUUUAACUAUAUGAGAAACGGGGAUUUGUUUGUGAAUUUAUAUAGCUUUACUUAGCUUAUGUGGUAGACGAAAAAGGGAAGGGAUUUUUGCUGGCAGUUGAGUGUAAGUCGAAAUACUUGGGUUUUUUUAGUUAUAUUUAGUAGAUCAAAAGGCAUAAACAUGAGAUCCAUAGAGGAUAAAGGGUGCUUGAGUUAUGGAACUACACAAGAGACGCCGGGUGGAAGUUGUAUGACUUUUGAGUUCCACAAAGGGAAUGGGAUGAAUCGAGCUUCUCAUCAACGAACGGCAUUAGGAAAACCGACUCCAUCGAAAUGGGACGAUGCACAAAAAUGGCUAGUAAAUCUAUCGAAAGGAGGAGAUAGAAAUCAGGCAAAAGCUUCCCCCCGUAAUUCAAAUGCUGAUGACAGGAGAUUGAUAGUUCCGGUACCAAAGAAGGAAUACUCGAGUGGUGAGGAGGAAGAGAAUGAUGGUGCUGGCUCAACAAGUGCGAGUCCAUAUGAAGUGGAAACUAAGAAAAUAGAUUGUGAUGAGUCAAUAUGGAGAAUCAAUAAGCCUGUUAAUAGUUCUGCAUCAGUUGUGCGCUCUAUAUGCGUGAGGGAUAUGGGGACGGAAAUGACUCCGAUAGCAAGUCAAGAGCCCUCGAGAACUGCCACUCCUAUCAGAGCCUCCACUCCAGUAUCAAAAAGCCCCAUAUGCUCUGGUCCAACAACUCCUGUAAGAAGUCUGGCUCUCGAAAGUGGUCAACCUGUUACAAUCCCCACUGAGACGAGAGAUGGGGCUGGCAGGGCUAAUGGUACCACUGGACAAUGCAGCAGAGACGGAGAAGAACCCAAUGCUAACAAUGCAUCUGCAAAUAGGACUACAGAUCAAUCAAGAAGGUUAAAUCCUCUGGAAACCCGAGCAAUGGCUUGGGAUGAGGCUGAGCGUGCCAAAUCCAUGGCGAGGUACAAGCGCGAAGAGGUGAAGAUUCAGGCCUGGGAAAAUCAUCAGAAAAGGAAAGCUGAAAUGGAAAUGCGAAGAAUGGAGGUGAAAGCUGAAAGAAUGAAAUCUCGAGCACAAGAGAAGUACACAAACAAACUUGCAUCGACUAGGAGAAUAGCUGAGGAAAAGCGUGCAAAUGCUGAAGCCAAACUGAACGAAAAGGCGGUGAAGACAUCAGAAAGGGCAGAUUAUAUUAGAAGAACCGGUCAUCUUCCCUCUUCUUUUUCCUUUAAGUUGCCUUCCUUUUGCUGGUAGAAAAAUAUUUUCGUGCAUUUAAGAUUCCCAGUUCUGAAGAAUAUUUACAUUUCAAACUGUUGUAAGGAAAUUCUUUCUUUCUAUUUUCCUGCUACAUUUUAAAUUGAGUCGAUUCGUUUUUUAAUUAAUAAGCACAGUUCAUUAAUAA